AUGAUUUGCUUUCUUUAUUGCUAUCUUUCUUUCUAUUUCUCAAUCUCACUCUCUCUCUCUCUCUCUUUCUCUCUUUUUCUCUCUUUUUCUCUCUGUGUCUUUCUUGUCCUUCCUCUUUUCAUCACUUUUCUUAUUGUGAACUUCUCUGUGAAUAAUAAAGACCACGAAGAGAGUGUUCUCACCGUCUCUUUCUGGUCUUUAUUAAUUCAUUGUUUUUCCUCUUUCUUUGACAUUUUUAUCCUGUUUUUUUUUUCUCGCUUUCUCUUUCUUUCGCUCUUUCUCUCUUUAUUCGUCCUAUUUCUCGUUUACCUUCUUUUUAAUCAUUUUAUUCCACUUCUGUAUUUCUCUUUCUUUCCUCUCCUUCCGUCCCACUUUCCUAUUUAUUCUUUCUCUUUUCGCAGCGAUCCUCACUGCAACCAAAGACAAUAUUCUCCGCCAUUGGGCCUUUCUCUUUACUUCACACAUCAGCGUGCGCGCCAACUCAAAUAUCUGUUUCCUCUUACGUCUAUACAUUAA